GCGAACUUCGCUGGAUCCGGCCGAAGCUGAGUGGGAGGGUUUAUUGAUUCUGUCCGACAUAUUUCCAGAUGCUCCCUAAUUUUUCCCACGGAAAGGGAAAGUAAAACCCACAUGUUCAUAAUUUCGUGAUUUUACCGAAUAUUUUGCCUAAAAUUUGUAAUUUCCGGGUGUGGCCAGACGCUCUGGGCAUGCGCCUUGUGGAGGUGGUCCGGUGAUUGAAAUUUAGCGGUGAACAGAGGACAGGACCAGACGACAAGGGGAGGUGGAUCGAUCCCAGCCCCAAAAAUUCGACGGAGAUUGAAAGGAUAUUCUCUCCGCCGGACCUGGAUAGAUUCACCGAAGGAAUAAGGGAGACCAUCCACCAUGAGGGACCGACUGGCGGCGUUGAAAGCGGCCCAAAGCGACGACGACGAUGUGGGCCCAGACGCCGUGACCGUGAACAUGGACAGUGGGGGUUUCAUGGACGAAUUCUUCCAAGAGGUGGAAGAAAUCCGUGGUAUGAUCGACAAAAUUCAAGAAAAUGUCGAGCAAGUCAAGAAGAAACACAGUGAUAUCUUGUCAGCGCCACAAGCUGAUGACAAGACAAAAGAAGAGCUUGAGGACUUAAUGGCAGACAUCAAAAAGACUGCCAACAAGGUCCGUUCCAAGCUUAAAGUUAUUGAGCAGAACAUAGAACAGGAGGAGAGCACCAACAAGGCUUCCGCAGAUCUUAGGAUACGUAAAACUCAGCAUUCCACCCUUUCGCGUAAGUUUGUUGAGGUGAUGACGGACUACAACACCACGCAAACAGACUACCGCGAGCGCUGCAAAGGGCGCAUCCAGCGACAGCUGGAGAUCACCGGCAAGCAGACCACCAAUGAGGAACUAGAAGAGAUGCUAGAGAGUGGGAACCCAGCAAUUUUCACCUCUGGGAUCAUCAUGGACACCCAACAUGCAAAGCAGGCCCUGAGUGACAUCGAGGCGCGGCACAACGACAUCAUGAAGCUGGAGAGCAGCAUCAGGGAGCUCCACGACAUGUUCAUGGACAUGGCCAUGCUUGUAGAACAGCAGGGCGAAAUGAUUGACAGGAUUGAGUACAAUGUGGAACACGCUGCCGAUUACGUAGAAACAGCCGUGGCAGACACAAAGAAGGCUGUCCAGUACCAGAGUAAGGCUAGACGGAAAAUGUUCAUGAUAGCUGGCUGUGUGGUGGUACUACUGGUUCUACUAGCUCUCAUUAUCGGCUUGUCCGUUGGAUUGUAACAGACCUGCGUACAUUACAAAAGGGGAAAAGCAUGCCUGACGUUAUUCUGUUCCGAGGUUACAAUGUGGGACGACCCAAACUUUGCAACAACGAAGACCAAGCAGAUGUUGCUUUUACAAUUCACUGGGCACGAACUCAACUUUCGGCCACCCACGGAAAACUCUUGGCAACUCUCGACAGAAGCAAGAAACAAAAAAUGGUGGAAGACGUUGUACCAAAAUAUGAUGUUUUGUAUCAGGAUUUAAAAAAAGAUAUAUUGAAGUAAACGGAUGAGAACUAACUUUCAUGUUGUAUGAAACACCCACCAACAAAAUGUAUGAAGGCUAUAAUGAUAACUUUUUAGACACAUUUGGAACAAAGAUCGCCACAAAAAUUUUAUGAUACGAAGAAGUGUUUAAAAUGGGAUAUGCAAUGAGGCCAUAAAUUAAACUUUGUUUGGAAGCAAAAUGAAACAACUUCAAAAGUCAGGUUUUUAGAUAAACUUAAGUUUGGGUGCCACAAAUAGGAACUGAAUGGACGUACUCAGAACUGUUAAUCCGAAGGCUUUACCCUUGUUACAUGCUGUACAUAGUUAGCUAAAGGAAUGUAUUAGAGUAUGCAAGAGUGUUCGUACACUCACUUGUAGAUAGGAUCUGUUGCUCUCUUUGACUUAAGCUCAUGUUGAGUAGAUUGUCUUCACCACUCUCAUUUGUUCACUUAAAAAUGCUGCUUUUUAAAAAAAGAAAACGAUGUGUAUGAUUUGAUAAUUUAUCUGAAUUGUAUGAUAACUAACAGAUACUUGUCCGAUUCCACGACAUGGUUUAAAGAAGAAAGAUUUGUAUUUAGGCAGUCCUAUUUUGGAGCGAGAGCAAAAAAUCGAUAAUACGGAAUGCCAGUAUCUUUGUGAACCCAGUGGAAAUGUUUGUUUGUAUAGGUUUAGAAUUUUCUUUUGGUUUUUGUAAUUUGUGGUAGUGCCAAAGUUAACGUCAUGUUUAAAGGGGAGCUUAACUCAAAUUUUAAAAGCAUACUAUACUACACUAGGUGUAUCCUAAUGUCAAGUUAGCACCUAUUUUACAUGAGUCGGUCAUAGUUUACGGUUUCUCCGACCAUUUGAAAAUCGAGCCGUGGGGACGUCAUAUUUGCCUGUCUGUUAAACCAUACAGUUCUUUUACACAAUGUAUAUCAAACUCAUCAAAGACUGUAAACUUGUUGACCCCGUCCAAUUCUUCAAAAAAUUCCUCAAAAGCUAGUCUCAGAAAAGCUAGCUCAAUAACCCAUAUUCAUGCAUCAUGAAGCAAGUUUAAAAUGUAAUGUCCAGCAUAAGAAAUUGGACUUACCCAAAUUUUAGAUUGUACAAAAUCCAGCCUUUGUCAAGGAAUGAAAAAUUCACCACUUACGUGACGUCAUGUUAUACAUGUGAUUCGGUGAGCAGUUACAGGAAGUCUGUGGCGCCCCCCGUCAUGUGCUUAAGAAUUGUUCUUGUCUCUUUUGUACAUUACAAACUUCAAAGGUGAGGAAACUAUGGCAUUCCAGUGGUAAAAAUCUUAACUAUGACAGACUAAUAUAAAACUGGUGAAAACGUGACUUUUGGGUAUAUUUAGGAUAGUAUAGUACCCUGGCAACACGCUUUUCGAUUUUGAGUUUUGCUCCACUUUAAGUAGAAGAAAACAUGGCAGGUGUCUUCUACUGUAUAAUGAUAAAUGGACAACGAACACAUGGAAGGAAAAAUGUUUUACUUGUACAUAAUAUGGGCCAAAUAGUAAAGGCCCAGCAAUUAUUAUUUGACAGCAUAUAAUUCUUUGGAACUGACAGCUGGUUUUGAUCAUGAUAAUUUUAUAUAUAUGUUUCAUGGAAUUUAUUUUACUGGUAUGGAAAUAUGCCUUCCAAAAUUCUCAACACGUUUUAAUUCAUGUUUACUUCAGUUGUCUUUUUCUUCACUAAUUAACAAUUUUUAUAAUUGUGUCUAUUCAGUAAAUGAUGUUUUCAUGUUAUGGAGGAUUGGGACAAUAAACGCCCAAUGAGUUUUGCACA